CAAAAUCACAAAAAUUCAUGAAAUCUGAAAUUUCAGGAUCAUAAAACCCAGAUUAUCUUGAUUUAAAUUUAAAUCAUUCGAAAUAAUAAGAUUUAAGCAAUAGUACACAUAUAAAAUCAGGACACUGGAGUGAAGAAGAACAUUUAUAAUAUGUUUAAUUUUUACUUAGUGUAAAAGGCUCAGGAAAUUCUUAAAGAAAAGGAUAACCACUAUUCAAAAGAAUGAGUUAGAUUAUUGGUACAAGAACUCCAAGUUAAUGUAGGUAUUAGUUUAAUUUAUGAAGAUCUCACCAUUAGAAAUUUAACCCUUUUAAUCCACGUCUUAGAAGAAAUCAUAAAAAAAACAAAAUGCCUAAUAUAGAAAAACCAAUUAUGAGAAGUAAAUAAAUUAUGAGAUAAUAUUUUUUCUAAAAUAAAAUCCAUUCUGAAGAUGAAUUUCAGAGUUAAUGAGAAC